UCUCUUCUAACCAGCACACGGUAAAUGUGAUGCUGUACUGUGGAGGCGGCUCUCAGGGAAUCACUGUAACGCGCUGUACCGGUGGGCGUGGCCAAGCCCAUGGAGUUACAGUUCAGACAAGCAGCAGCCGCCAGUCAGCAGAGCGAGACUCAGACACGCAAGAAAGGCUGGUUCCUUGAAGCACAUUAUCACUCUAAACCAUGGGAAAGGAUUACUACAAGAUCCUGGGCAUUCAGUCUGGUGCCAGUGAGGAGGAGAUCAAAAAGGCAUACAGGAAGAUGGCCCUCAAGUUCCAUCCAGAUAAAAACAAGGAUCCUAAUGCGGAAGAUAGAUUCAAAGAAAUAGCAGAGGCAUAUGAAGUCCUAAGUGACCCAAAGAAGAAGGCUAUUUAUGACCAGUAUGGAGAGGAUGGAUUUAAAAGUGGAGGAGCUGGCUCAUCCAGUGGACCAGGCACUACGUAUCACUACACCUUCCAUGGGGACCCACAUGCCACAUUCGCAUCUUUCUUUGGUGGGUCUAACCCCUUUGAUAUUUUCUUUGGCUCUGGACGUCAUUGGAACAUCAGCAAUGGUGGUGCAGACCAUGACAUGGACAUUGACAUGGAUGGAGAUGAUGACCCAUUCAGCUCCUUCAGCCACUUUGGCUUCAAUGGUCUCAAUGGGUUCCAUCGUGGGGCAGGUCGGAGACCUCGUAACGAACCUUUGCACAGCAGCAGCGGCAACACCAGGAGGAAGGUACAGGAUCCUCCUGUGGUACACGAGCUGAGGGUAUCUCUGGAGGAAAUCUUCCAUGGAUGUACUAAACGCAUGCGCAUUACUCGACGCCGCCUCAACCCAGAUGGAAGAACAACUCGGACAGAAGACAAGAUCCUUAAUAUUGUCAUCAAGCGAGGCUGGAAAGAAGGGACCAAGAUCACCUUCCCUAAGGAGGGAGAUGAGACACCAGAGAACAUUCCAGCUGAUAUUGUGUUUGUGCUCAAAGACAAGGGUAACCCGCACUUCAAGAGAGAUGGCUCUAACAUCAUAUACACUGCCAAAGUCAGUCUUAAGGAGGCCCUGUGUGGUUGUACGGUGAACAUUCCUACCCUAGACAACAAGGUCAUUACGCUGCCCUGCAACGACAUCAUUAAACCAGGAAUCAUAAAAAGACUUCGGGGUGAGGGUUUGCCUUUACCCAAGAGUCCAUCCCAGCGUGGGGACAUGAUAGUGGAAUUCCAGGUGCGCUUUCCGGACAGGAUACCUCCUCAGUCCAAAGAAAUCAUCAAACAGCACUUACCCCAGUCUUAAAGCCAUUUUAUCGGAUUUGUCCUAAUUUCUAUUUUAAGAUAAACAUUAUCUUUCACAAACAUUAAUAAUGAUCCAGUGGAAUGGAAAAUGUGCAAAAAGGACCGGAAGUCAACUUCAUUAUUUUGUUACCCUUUUUAUUAUAUUUUGCCCUUUUGAGAGGAGGUGGGGGAAAAAAGACUGUUUGAAGACAAAAAAAAUAAAGAUUUUCUAAGCAGUUUGCUACUUCGAAGCCUAUGGCUUUAAUCCAUGACCUUUUUCAUUUUCUACUCAAAGUUUUUCACGCCAUUACUUUGAGACAAAUGGAAAACUACUGUAUAUGUAAAGAAGGCUGUGGAUGAUGAUGAUGCUAUGCUUCUUUGUUUUGCCUCGUACACAUUGUCCCUUUUUUAGUCUAGUUCAAGUUUGAAUUUUGAAUAAAAGCAGAAUUUAGGAUAACCCUUUGGUCCUUUUGAGUUAUGUGCUAGCAUUAGCACCAGCGAGUUCAGUCGAAACCAUUUGAUACAUUUUUACUCUCAGAACCAACCCAGCAGUCUAAAGGUGCUUUGUUCUCUGUGACCAGAUUAUUAGGUGCUGUCACUAUUUACAAGUCAUUAAUGAUGUGAUCACAGAAUCUCGAGUGCCUUAAUACGGCUCCGACUAGCUAGAUUUUUAGAGUCGGGUGAUGAAAUGAAAAGACCAGUGUUUUCAACUCAAACAAGGCCUAUUAUGGUACUGUCUACGCCACUGAACAAGCGAUUAUUAUGUCAUUGCUAGAUUAGCCUGCUCUGGCAGUCCUGUUUAGAGCCCUGCUUUUAUUUGCUCAUGUACUGAUUUCAUGUACUGUGAUUGGAAAUGUUCGAUAUUGAUGUUCUGUUGAUUGUGUUUUUGAUAUUUACAAAUUAAUCCAGGUUUCCAUUAGAAGUGUACAUAAAGGCUUUAUGUCUAUGACCCAUAUCAGCUUUUUUUUUUUAAAUAUGUCCCUGACACACUUUCUUAUACAGUCAUAAGUCAUGGUAGGUUUAAGAAAGAUUAGAAAGUGAGCAUUAGUUGAAAUGAACAUCAUAAGGGUUCAUUGUAGCUGUAUAUAAAAGCUUCCCUGUAACUCACGAGAGCACUUUCAGAAAACUGUGAAGUCAGAAAAUGAUGUUUAAGGUUAAGGUGGGUUAAUAUCACACACUUUUUGUAUACUGUUCAGUGCACACAACCGUGGUUUAAAAAAUGUUGGGAAUUGUGAAGUAUAUGCACACGAUAAAGUGGACAUUUUUGAGUUUUAGUAUGACUGUUGACACUUUACUAUUUUAGAUGUACACACUUUAUAGCUACAAUUUUCUCUUGUUACAACAAAGAUUUCUAUACAUUUGUAUCCCUCUAAAAGAAUUUGAGGUAUUGCCUUUUAGCAAUAUAGCCUAAAUUUGAGCGUGUUUUUUUUUCUUCUCUUUCAUACAGACAAUCAAUUGUAAACCCACAUCUCUCUCAAAAAUGAUUCUCAAAAAACAUGAAACAUUUGAAAUGUGCCAAAAAUUUGGGCCUACCAAAGAACGCACAGUCACCGCACAAGUCUUCUGGCAUGACUUUACCUCUUCGUGUCUGACACUAGGAUUCUUGCUUGAGAUAAUUUACUUCAGGUCAUUUUUAAACUUAUUUUAUUUAUGUGUUCUUUAAUUCUAACGAUGUUGCAUUGGAAAUUUCCUGCUGUCUUUUUAUUAUAGUAAAUUAAGCUUCCUCACUGGGAUGAUAAAAGGGCUUAACCAGUGAGACCCAGUAGGAGUGAAACAGUAUUAAUGUAUCAUCAUUUAAAACAGUGUUGAGGCCUUUUGGAUUGAUGUGUUGGUUGGGCUGAAGCUUGUUCUCAAUGUGCUGUUUUUAUUUUUAGUAGUAGGCCUAAAUGAUGUACCUUUUUUGUUGUUAAGGGAUAUUGUUUUAAAAGGCAAGAAAUAAACCACAAAUCAUGA